AUGUACAAGUCACACGUCCUCACAACGCCGACAUCAAUCCGUCUCUUGGAUAUUAUUGAGUCCCGAGACGACAUCAUUCGUUGCUCCAUGCGAGUAGUCGACCUAAGCGAUGAGAGCCUCGAGUUUGCCGCCGUCUCAUACACAUGGGGGAACCCUACUACAGUCCAAGAAGAACCCAUGCCCGAUAUCGAUGGUUUGGAAUUCGAAGAACACGCCGAUAAAUUUCCUUUCGCCUAUCACAGUCCAGAACUGGGUCCCAAUGGCGACAAGCUGGUAAUGGUUGAUCGGGUCAAGCUUCUGUACUACGAUAUGCAUCGUUAUGUCCCUCGUGAAGAGGUGCUUUGGCAAAAGCGCACGCAUCAUGAAAUAGAAGUUGACGGGAGUCGAGUCCCAAUCGAGGAAAACCUUUUAUCGUUCUUCGAAUCAGUGUUGACACUGAGAGCUGCAGUCGUUCCAAACGCAGGUGAAAUGGAGAGUUCAACUUACCGCUCAAUCAACCUGCCCAUCUGGGCUGAUGCGCUCUGUAUCAACCAGGCAGACCUCGACGAACGAGCUGCCCAAGUCAAGCUUAUGGGGCGCCUAUACAAGUCAGCGAGUAUAGUACUUGCCUGGGUUGGCCAAUAUGACAGGCUUUCAGAACUGGCGAUACAAGCAAUGGGGAAGAUUCUUGAUUUCGACGCAACUCGGCUUCACACACAAGACUCGUCAUACCUAGAACAAGAGGAAGUGACAAUGUCCUCGGUCCCAGGGAUGACAGUGGUGCACUGGUUCGCCCUCUUUUCCCUCUUCCAAAGACUCUGGUUCCGCAGGGCUUGGGUCGUCCAGGAGGCUGUUUUUGCUCGGGAUAUCUUAAUGGUUUGUGGCGCGACACUGCAAAGUAUGGACUUCAUCUUGGCGGUUGCCGCGUUUCUGGAACAGACGGGAAUCGAUAUUGAGUUAUGCCAGUUUGGCCACAACUUCCUCACCAAUGGAGCUGUGUCAGACCAGGCUCAACACUGGGAGAAGCUGUCACUGCUCUCUGGACAGCCAGCGAGGACGGUAAAUGAGUUAAAGGUCACUCCGCGCGAUGCUCUUUCUUUUAUCCUCGGAUAUCACCAUACUCGUUCGCGUCUUGGGUUCUGCAACGCUGGCCUGCCCAUGGUCACCCUACUUCCAGAUGAAGAAGGCCAAGACGGGGCAACUGAGAACAAAUCAUGUCGAUGGGCCCUAGAGCUUCCUGAAGUUACUCACCUCACUGAUCACGAUGUAGUGGAAUCUUUCAGUGAGGAGCUGGGUAUGACGGGUUUCAGAUUCGAGCGCCGCAAGCUACACCUACUCUCCGUCCUAUCCGACUUUCGUGAGCUCGAUGCUACUGAUCCUCGAGACAAGAUCUUUGCGUUUCUGAACCUUGCUGAGGACGGUCUCGGACUACAACCAGACUACAAUGCCAACGUCAAAGAAGUCUUCAUCCAAACAACGAAGGCCAUGAUUGAGAAACGUAUUGGUUCGCACCUUGCGGUUCUAUCCCAUGUGCAAGACCUUUCAGACACUAGGAUUCAAGGCCUUCCAAGCUGGGUCCCCGACUUUAGCGCCAGGCUGGGGCGGGUUCCGUUCGACCAAGGUGGACAUGAUGAUCGUUUCUGCGCCGGAACUCACCAUGAUGUCGGUUUUGACGACUGGAUAAUUCACAUUGACCCCGAAAAUAAGCUCAGUAUCAAGGCCAUCAAGGUGGAUACUGUCACUAUGUCCACAGAGCUCAAUCGAGAUCCAGUUAUCCAGACUCUACGACUGGCAUUACAUAGUCCAGCUGAAUAUCCAGUUCAAACCAGAGCGUGGUGUGUUGAGGAUACUUCAGAUCAUAGGUCAAGACGAUACAUCCGCCCAUCACAAGCGGUGACCCGGGUUGAAGCCCUAUGGCGCACUCUGAUCAUUGAUAAACUGACCGAGACGGAAAACGACUUCGGCAAUAUGGACUCAAGAGUGAACCUAGGGAUGGGUUUUAGUAACUGGAUAUUGACAAAUAUACUAGAAGCUCGCGACUUGCUCGUCGAAUGGUCAGGGCUUAGCUCGGAAUCGUGGGCGUGGAUACUGAUCCAGACGUCGUUCACUACCCGCUUGGCUCUUUGGUCAGCUAUGUAUGACGGACGGCAGCUGUCUGAUGAACUACAGGCGCCAGAUCUUGAGACAGCUCUAGCUGAUCUUACUGAAAAGAUAAGAAAAGAAAAAGGCGAGCGAGGCGAAGGAAAAGAGGGGAAGGAAGAAAACCAACAAAGCCAAAAGGUGGUACAAGAAGAGGAUAAGCAGGAGGCGAGUAAAGAUGAAGAGAGGGAAGAUGAGCUAUCUGAAACAGAAGGAAGUGACAGUGAAGGUCAGGAUGGUGGCGAUACAACGUGGGAAACAGGGUUUGUCCCUUCAGCACGGCGUAUUCGAGAGAGCUUUCCAGCUCCUGCAGUGGAAAAAGACAAACAAGACGAGGACCCGUUAGGGGGCAAAUAUAAGCGACCUUCGAUGCAACGACUAACUCCACUGGGACGGAGAAAGCUCCGCAACUUCGAGAAACACAUGCGCAAUGCUACCCAGGGCCGGAAACUCUUCAUGACAGAAUCGGGGCUGCUUGGCCUGGGACCCAAGGCUUUGGGUCAGGGUGGUAGCAAGGAUGAAGUAUGGAUCUUGAUGGGGGCCCGGGUACCCUUUAUUCUACAUCACAUCGAGGGUUCCAAGUAUCGUGUUGUUGGAGAAGCAUAUGUCCAUGGACUAAUGUAUGGGGAGGGGUACGAUCGCUAUGCGGGCUGGGAUGAGGGCGGGCGUAGUGGCGUGGAUACGAUACAGUUGGUUUAG